GACCGCCGGACACGACAGUGACCAGGAGGCAAAGAACAACUUUAAGGGAGUGGGCUAGGGCUGGCAGCGGGGCGAGGUCUCAGGCUACAGACCUGGGGCCAUGGCCUCUCUCCCAGCAGCAGAGAACUGGACAGACUACCCGGGAGGAGUCGAUGUGGACUCCGGGAACCUGAGUGCUGCUCUCGGAGUCGGAGCGGCGGCAGGGACAGCGGAGACUGAAUGGCUGCGUUUGCUAGUGCAAGGUGGCAACUUCUCCUCUUCCUCCGAGCUGGGACUGCCUGAGGCUUCGCCCGCGUCCUCCCAGCCCCGGGCCAACCUCACUAACCAGUUCGUGCAGCCGUCCUGGCGCAUCGCUCUCUGGUCCCUGGCAUAUGGCGUGGUGGUGGCAGUGGCGGUCUUUGGAAAUCUCAUUGUCAUCUGGAUCAUCCUGGCCCACAAACGCAUGAGGACCGUCACCAACUAUUUCCUCGUGAACCUAGCUUUUUCUGACGCCUCCAUGGCAGCUUUUAACGCGUUGGUCAACUUUAUCUACGCGCUUCAUAGCGAGUGGUACUUCGGCGCCAACUACUGCCGCUUCCAGAACUUCUUUCCUAUCACAGCUGUAUUCGCCAGCAUCUAUUCUAUGACGGCCAUUGCAGUGGACAGGUAUAUGGCCAUUAUUGACCCCUUGAAACCCAGACUGUCUGCCACAGCUACCAGGAUUGUCAUUGGAAGUAUUUGGAUUCUGGCAUUUCUACUUGCCUUUCCUCAGUGUCUUUAUUCCAAAAUCAAAGUCAUGCCCAGCCGCACUCUUUGCUAUGUUCAAUGGCCAGAAGGUCCCAAACAACAUUUCACGUACCACAUUAUUGUCAUUAUUCUGGUGUACUGCUUCCCGUUGCUCAUCAUGGGUAUCACAUACACCAUCGUUGGAAUUACUCUCUGGGGAGGAGAGAUCCCAGGAGAUACCUGUGACAAGUAUCAUGAGCAGCUGAAGGCCAAACGAAAGGUUGUAAAAAUGAUGAUCAUCGUUGUGGUGACAUUUGCCAUCUGCUGGCUACCCUAUCAUAUUUACUUCAUUCUCACUGCGAUCUAUCAACAAUUAAAUAGAUGGAAAUACAUCCAGCAGGUCUACCUGGCCAGCUUUUGGCUGGCAAUGAGCUCAACCAUGUACAACCCCAUCAUCUACUGCUGUCUGAAUAAGAGAUUUCGAGCUGGCUUCAAGAGAGCAUUCCGCUGGUGUCCUUUCAUCCAGGUUUCCAGCUAUGAUGAGCUAGAGCUCAAAACCACCAGGUUUCACCCAACUCGGCAAAGCAGCCUGUACACCGUGACCAGGAUGGAGUCGGUGACAGUGGCGUUCCACCCCAGUGACACCGACAACACCAAAUCCACUCGGAAGAAAAGAGCCACACCCCGAGACCCCAGCAUCAGUGGCUGCUCCCGCGGGGAUUCCAAGUCGGCCUCCACCACCUCCAGUUUCAUAAGCUCACCCUACACCUCUGUGGAGGAGUAUUCAUAAGGCCAUUUCCUGAGGUGAAAGAUUUGUGUGAGGCCAUCACGGUGCCAGCAUAGGUCCCCGUUCUCCUGCCUAUCAUCAGUAUUGUAUUGCAUACCCUCUGGAAGCAGGAGGAUGACUUUAUUUAGGCAGCUAUGUUUAAGUCAAGAAAGAAAGCAUGUAAAUAUAACAAAGACCCUACUAAGAUAUUA